GGGGGGCUAUAGUGAACGAAAGGACAGCCCUCCUGCCUGCCCUGCCAGGUUACUAGAUAUCUGGGUUGCCACUGUUGCGCCACCGUGGUGCAGUGGUUUGUGUCCCUGACUACGAAUCUGCGGGUCUGGGUUCAAAUCCCGGACUGGGCAGUUGGCGUGCAACCAAGGCCUUGGUGUGGCCCACCCAGCAGUUCAUACUUCCUUUCGGUAUGGUCGAUGAAUGGGUACAGUACCAAGGGAAACCCGGAGAAGGUCACAAUGACAUCAACCAACACUUUGAUGACAUCUUAUCCUGAGGAGGUGCUAACUUGGAUGCGAGAAAGAGAAAAAAAACAACGUCCAUUCUUUGGAAAUUCCCCACAGGCUAAUGCAAGAGGAGAUCUAAUGGAACUCAUUUGUGAAGUAACUGAAAAACUGAAGUUGAGUGUUGCCACUACACACCUGGCAGUCUACCUCCUGGACAGAUUUAUGGAUGCUUACCUUCUAGAAGAAAAUCAUCUCCAGCUCCUGGCCCUCACCACUGUUAUGUUAGCAGCAAAAUUUGAAGACAAAGAUCUUGAUGUGCCAGGAAUUGCAGUCCUGAAUGCUUUUGCUGACAAUCAGUACAAUGCAGUUUUGUUCAAGUAUAUGGAAAUAAAUAUAUUGAAGUUCUUCAACUGGAAUAUAGGAACAGCCACAGUCGCCCAUUUUGCUGAAAUCUACUUGAUGAGUGGAGUUUGCGUUGGAGAUACAAUGGAGGGUACCCCCAUCACUUCCCCUAAUGUUGCUGCACAGACUCUUUGGAGAGCCACUCUCUACUUCCUGGAUCUGUCCAUAUUUGACACUGUGUUUCUCAAGUGGCCAAACUCCCAGAUAGCAGCAGCCUGUCUUGCUUGUGGUCGGCUCUCCUGCCAGUUUGUACCUACCUGGCCAGAUGCCUUGCAGAAAACCACCAGAUACUCCAUCCAAUCUCUUGCAAGACUUAUGCACCUCUUGUUGGGGAUGUAUAAAAGUGAGCAGACAAGUAGUACAUGUAGCACCCCGGAGUCUGGCUAUGGCAGUCGGUGCAGCAGCCUACAAUCAUCUCCAUAAAGACGAAACUUCAGGGCUUCUUCAUGCCACUAGGUGUUUUGUGGAGGCUGUCCAAGGUGCUACUAAGUCAUUCUCGUCCAUGGAAGGGCUGAAAUCGGCUGGUAUGGAAUGUCCUAAAUGCAUGGCAUUUUGUUGUGCAUUGUGCUUCUAUUCAUACUAAUAUUGCUUUUAUUUUUGUAACUAACCUGGCAAAUAUUUUAUUAGAAUAAGACAUAGUCUUUUGGAAGUAUUGAUAUCUGAAUUCUGCUCAUGACUUUGGUACACUGAGUAUAUUGAAACAGUUUUGUUUGGUCAGUAAUCCUAAAUAAUUGUGCUGUAAGCACAUUUGAAAAAAAAAAAGGAUCAGUUUAUAACUGUAGCAAGGCAUUGCAGGGAGUCUCAUGUAGUGCUGUUUUGACACGUAGAUAUGAUAUGGAAGAUUUUUUUGUGUAGAAAUUUGUUUAUUAGAGACUGAAAUCUGUCAUGGUAUUAUAUCAGCUAAUUCUGGCAUCAAUAUAAUAAAAAAACUAGUACAUAUAAAUAUUCUAGUUAAUCUUGGUAGAAAUUAGUUCUGAAAAUGCUUCCCAUUUAUGAUAGUUACCUCUUUGCUAUACAUUUAAUUUUCUUCAGGGAUUUUGUACGCAGUUUAAACUCGGAGGCUGUAAAAAUCAUACCAGUUUCCAGAUAAAGGCUGUCAGCCAUCACAAGCUGUUCCAAUGUAAAUUCAAUCAUAUUCUGAUUCCAAACCCUUUUGCAGCUGUUGUAUUUCUGUAGUCUUUGUCUUUAGGCUUAGGGAAACUUAUUAUGUGUCAUGUAAGUUGGUGUGAGUUAUCAGCGUUUAUUUACUAUAUAUUCUAGUCAGUUACCAGAUUCACCAAAUUCUAUUAUGUACCUGCUAAUUUACACAUUUUGUGUACCAUUUCCUAGAAAUUAACAGUUGUAAUAAA